UUUUAUUUGUUGCAUUUCAAAUAAUUUACAGUUCUUCGUGUAUGAAUGCAAUCUAUACUAAAGUGUGUGUAAAAAUUUAUUAAAAUUUAUUUUUCGGAUUACAUACUUAGUUCAACGUAAGUAGGAGCAGCACUUUUCUAACCAUAUUUGUACAUAUGUAUGUAUUUUCAUAUAUGUACAUAUGUAUAAGCAAAUGUAAUCACAUAUAAUCAUAUGAAAAUACCAGUGCAUAUAUAUAUGUACAUAUAUACCUGUAUUUACAUACAUUACGUAUACAUAUGUACAUCCAUAGCUUAUAGGUACAUACGUUAGUAUGUAAUAGCUUUAAGGACUACAAUAUGUGACCAAUAAGAAAUCAAAUAAGGCCGUUACAAGCAUGCGCAUUAAAAAUUAUCAGCAUCAAGCCCCGCCUCUAUCAAUAUGAGAUGUGAUACUUAUGCAUAGAUGAGCUAAAUUCGAAAUCCUUUUCCAUUCUUUCAAACAGUAACGGUACGGGUUUUAAAAGUUUAGCAUAAAUACGUCUCGGAGAAAUUUGUAAAAGUGUGCUUAAUAUAUUUGCCAUAAACUUUUAGCUAAUUUAAUUUUGAUUAUAAAAAGCAGUUUUUGAAUACGUAUCUCUAAAUCUCUAAAGUGAACGUUAAUUUACACAUCUGAUUAUUCAAAUACAAAUAGUCAAAUGUAAGACGAAAUAAGAGAGAAAAGAAAUAUAACAUUUAACGGAUAAAUUAAAUGAUCGUGAACAAAUCUAAUGGAUACCCAUAAAUUGACAAACUAUGCUUCGAACGUUGGUAUGCUCGAGAAUUUGCAAUUAGAGGAUGUAGUCGAUAGCGAAGCAUAUUCACGAACAAAUAACGAUGCAGUCGCAAGCAUCAGCAAUGAGAUAUCUUCGACGGCUGUGACUCCCGCACCACUUACUACAACAAGAAUUCACGGUAUGACAAAAUCGACGUACUCGCACUCAAACAGUAACAAUCAUAACAGAAAUACAGCAAACAGAGCAGAGCAAGAAGAGUGCACUGAAUCGGCACACUCACCAAUGGAGGCCGACCAAAAUGUCGAGAUGCCUAGCACCACGUACAAAUCACCCUGCUGCCUAACGUUUCCUUUGCCGCCGGUGCAAAUGCAGUCGUUGGCACCGACGCUAUCUAUUACAACACCACUUCCCUCGGCAGCAGCGGCAGCGGCCAGUAAUGCUGAUUUGAGCAGAGAGCACUGGUAUGCACACGCCCAUGUGCACGCCCAUUCGCAUCCGCAUCCGCAUCCACAUCAUCAUCAUCACCAUCACCAUCAGCAAAUGAGCGAAGAUUUGGUGAUGUAUACACCGCCAGUCGUCUCGGCCACCACAUCCGUUUCGGCGACUGCGUCAGCGUCAGCAAGUCCGACAUCGAUUGGGAAAUUUGGACUCGAUAGCUCCACCGAAGAAUACCUUAGUGCCCGCGUACACGCAACAACAACAUCGCCGUCAGGCAACGCCAAAGGAGCACGUCAUGAAAGAACAUCCUCAACAGCUUUUUUCGAUAUUCCCGCUGUGACACAUCCUUAUUGUUACAGAUUCCCAUCAUCAUCACCCGCAGCGAUUCUUAAAAAGAACGACCCAGAACCAGUACUGGCAUUUUGUAGCAAUCCAACAACAGCUGCAACAACGAAUAUGAUUCCCAUGAGUCACCACUACCACAGCACUAAAGAGGAGCAUCCUGAUUCAACUACCACACAUCUGAGUGGCCAUUCUCAUCAGCAGUUGUCACAUCAUCCAUCUCAUAUGCAUAUACAGCCGCAUCCACAUGCGCAUCCCGCUGCACAACAUUCACUGCCAACACAUUCACACACCCACACAUCCAGUCACCCACAUGUACACUCUAGCAUGUUGCAUCAACCACACACCGGACACUUAUCUACGCACGCAUCAGCUUUCAAAUUCGGACAUGGAUCUAUCCUGUCCACCAGCGCGGCAACCAUGUAUCACCAGCACCCCUACAGUACAACAAACAGUAAUUCGUAUGGACUACGCAGUAACGGUUCACUAUCACCAACGGCAUCGUUAACUUUGGCAUCAACGAGUUCAACGGAUGUCGAUCUCAAAUACGAGAGUCCCUACAAUUCGACCAUAUCAUCAACGUACGCGCUACGGCCAGUCACUGUGGACUCGACCACUGUCUCAUCAACCGAUGCAGACAUUAAAUAUAAUGGACUUUACAAUAAUGCCAUUUCGACAAGCCAAACAGUGUCCCAGCGACGCGGCUCAUUGCAGUUGUGGCAAUUUCUAGUGGCUUUACUAGAUGAACCCACCACGAGCUCAAGUUGCAUAGCCUGGACCGGACGCGGUAUGGAGUUUAAACUCAUCGAACCAGAGGAGGUGGCGCGACGUUGGGGCUUGCAAAAGAAUCGGCCCGCCAUGAAUUACGACAAACUGUCGCGCAGUCUGCGCUACUAUUAUGAGAAAGGUAUUAUGCAAAAGGUAAAUGGCGAACGUUAUGUCUAUCGAUUUGUAUGCGAUCCAGAAGCUCUCUUUAAUAUGGCUUACGGACAUUUGGCGAGUGCGACCAAUGGCACACCGCCCUCAACUAAAAGUGAACACCACACACAUAUCCUAUCCACAGCGGCAGCAGCGGCGGCCGCAGCAGCAGCUGUAACAUUAACGGCUUCAAAAAAUAUGCCAGAUCCAAUUGGCAAUGGCAAUUUGUUGGGCAGAAAUGACUUAUCUCUCAAUGCGGAUCACACAAUGGAACACAGUCAUGGCGAAAGGGAAAGGAAUCUUGUGACACAGCUGAGCGCCGCUAGUGCGAGAGCCAAUAGUGAUAGUAUUUUCUAUAGCAGUCCAAUUCAUAAAUAUUAAAAAUUAUAAAUAUUAAAACAACAAAUAUAUGUACAGAAUACAUAUUCACUCUAUAUGUGUGUGUGAUGCAAUGUAUGUAUGUAUUUUAGGAGAUUGUAUGGCAUGAUUAUACGUAUGAAUAACAAUGAAUAAAAGAAUAUCUGCGGGAUCAAACCCGAAUAUGAUAGUAAAACUUUA